CGAAUUACGUCCGAACAAAAUUCCACCUACAGAAUGCUGCGAAUCAGCUCGCUACUGCGAGCGGUAAACCAACCGUUGAGGAUAACGCAGAAGCACUGCAUUGCAUUCGGUGCCACACAAAAACGACUCGCAUCCAUCUUUGUCAGCUCCGAUAGCAGCGUGGUACGGCCAGCGAUUACUGCCGAUGGUGCCGCCUUUGCAACGACGCAAUCGGCUUCCGUCCGACACUACGCCAAGGCGAAGGAUAAGAAAAAAGACAAAAAGAAUGCACAGGCGAAGGUAGCGAUCAACGACGAGCAGCUCGGCAGUCUGAUCGAUCUGCCAGGUUUACGGACACAGAUGGAGAAGAGUUUGUCGGCGAUGCGCGAGGAUUACAUCAAAAACCUGUCCCUCCGUUCUACGACCGGAUCCAUCGAAACACUGCGCAUCUCGUUCGAGGGAAAGGACUAUCAGCUGCAAGAGUUGGCGCAGGUUGUACGGAAGAAUCCGAAGACGAUCGUCGUUAAUCUGGUGUCCUUCCCGCAAACCAUUCCCGCCGUGCUGCAAGCCAUUCAGCGUAGCGGAAUGAACCUUAACCCGCAACAGGAUGGUACGACACUGUUCAUCCCCGUACCAAAAGUAACGCGCGAGCAUAGAGAAGGGCUGGCAAAGAACGCUAAAGUACUGUUCAUCAAGUGCCGGGAUCGCAUUAAAGACGCACAGAACCAGUCCAUCAAAAAGCUUAAGAAGCAAUCGAACGCUUCGGAAGACGAAGCGUAUCAGGCACAGCAACAGAUAACGCAGAUCGCUGAUGGAUUCAUCAAGGAGGCGGAGAAAAUUAUGGAAUCCAAGCAAGCGGAACUGCUCGGUGAUUAGUGGUUGAAGUGACGUGCCUUCAACGGUCUACGUAGAUCGCUUGAGGAAGGUAUAGUUGAAGUUGCCCAAUAAAGUUUCUACUCGUUAAA